UUGGAGGAAACUACUACGAGGGAAACAGACAUGAAGAGCAAUUUCCAGGAGCAAGAAAAUCAAUUGGAAACAUCCCAUAAUAAGACCCCACUUCUUUUGGAUCAAUGGAAGCCAUGCAGGGGGGCCCGUGCAAUUAUCAAAGAGUGGCUGCUGAAGCUGAGACUUUGCUUGGGAGCAGUGUGUGGGAUUGAAUGGUAUUGUUACGCUCUUCUGGGUAUUUUGACAGCCAUCCUAAGUUUCCUCAUGGACUUCAGUGUAAACAAGUUGUUGGGAGCUCACCAGUGGCUGUAUAUGAAGCUAGAGGGCAACAUUCUGCUACAGUUCCUCUGCUGGACUCUUUACCCAGCAUGCCUCUGUGCUUUUGGAUCAACAUUCUCCAACCAAAUGUGUCCCUUCUCCACAGGCUCAGGGAUACCAGAAGUAAGGACCAUGCUGGCUGGCUUUGAACUGCCUCAUUACUUGUCCCUCACUAACAUGUUUACCAAGUUCCUGGGCCUUAUCAGCACACUGGCAGCCGGCAGCACUGUUUUCCUCGGCAAAGUGGGUCCAUUUGUGCAUCUUUCCACCAUGGUAGGCGCCUACCUGGAAAACCUCUUCACUCUUAUACAAGGCAGUAAGAAGGAAAGAGCAGCCACAGAAAUGUUGGUUGUAGCUGCUGCAGUCGGGGUAGCCAGCUGCUUCGGAGCUCCCAUCAGCGGUGUGCUUUUCAGCGUGGAGGUGAUGUGUUCGCACUUCGCCGUCAGGCAUUAUUGCCCAUGUUUCUUCUCAGCUGCCUGCGGGGCACUGACCUUCCACCUGUUCACAUUGUGGAGUGGAGAUGGAGAGACUGUUCAGGCGUUGUUCAAAACUAAUUUCCCCACUGCUUUACCUUUCUACCCGCUGGAGAUUCUCCUGUUUGCCUUGUUGGGGCUGCUGUGUGGGGCUUUGAGCUGCUGCUACCUCUUCUGCCAUCGGUGGAUCCUGCAUGUUACCAAAACAAACCGAGUCUUCAUUAAGAUGCUGACAGAAGAGAAGGGUCUGUACUCUGCCCUGGUGGUCUUCUUUCUGGCAUCACUGACUUUUCCCUAUUCAGCUGGUCAGUACAUGGCUUCUAAGUACACCACAAAGCAGCUCCUCAGUUCCCUCCUGGAUAGCAGGCAGUGGAGCUCUCAAGUCUACAAUGCAACUGUGCAACUGGAGCCUUUAGAGUGGAACUCAUCUGGGACAUCUGUCUUCCUCUCUCUGGCUUUCUUUCUGUUCAUGAAGAUGUGGAUGUUGGUCCUCGCCUGCACUCUGCCUGUUCCAGCUGGAUACUUCAUGCCUGUGUUUGUCUACGGAGCAGCGAUUGGCCGUUUACUUGGUGAAGGAGUGGCAUAUGUGUUCUCCACUGGAGUCAUUUUUGGCCCACAGUGGGCAUCUUUUAAUCCUGGAGGCUAUGCACUUGCAGGUGCAGCAGCCUAUUCCGGUGCUGUAACUCACACAUUGUCCCCAGUUCUCCUGGCUGUUGAGUUAACUGGCCAGUUCAGCCACGCCGUCCCCAUCCUCCUGUGCGCUCUGGUAGCUAAUGCCAUUGCACGCUCUGGGAACCGCCCAUCUUUCUAUGAUGCCCUCUCUAUAAGCAAGAGACUCCCACAUCUGCCUUCUCUGGCGAAGGCAUCUUCUCAGCUUCCCUCCACACCGCUUGGGCAGGUUUUGGGAGUGAAUUCAGUCUGGCUUCAGAAAGCAGCUGGGCCAAAGGAGGUUAAACAUGCCAUCAGCACCUGUACUGAAGAACAAAUCCCAGUGGUGGACACAAAUGAGUCACAGAUUUUACUUGGGUUUGUUCUGCGUUCAGAGCUGCUGAUGUUCCUACGUCACUGUUUGAAUCAGAGUCUGGAGGAACAUCUGGAUGAGGUCUGCUGCAUUCACCCAUCCAAAGUCCUGUUAUCACCUCAAAACACGGUUGAGGAGGCCCACAGUAUGCUGAGUCUUGCUGGAGGUCAAACCCUGUUUGUGGCUGACAAAGGGAGGCUAGUUGGACACAUCACAUGGCCAAAGCUAAAGCUAAUAAUUGAGGGCUUGGCUAAAGAAAUCUGAAGAGCACCUCAAAGGAAAAAACGGUUUCUGUGAUCAUCUUUAUAAGCCUGCACAAGUGCAUCUCUGUCUGAUUAGCAUGUAUCAAAGCUGUGUCUGAUAACAAUGUCACUUCUUCAUUCCCCAAGUGUUAACAACGUUUUGCACAAAAAUAAAACUGUCAUUACCUGGUG